GUUCUGUGUUUGAUUUUUCUUUAUUCUUCCUUCUGUUUAUUGUAGUGAAGCUUCAUAUUUAUAGAACUGUGUCACGGUGGGAGCUGAGGCUUUGGAAUGAUUCUGGAAAAUGUUCACAAAUGUUCCCGUUUUACUAAAACUCACCAGAAACGGUUUCAUCAGGAAGACGUUUCCUCUUCUGUUGCCCUGACAACAGUGACGUCACAGCCCUUCCUGUUCUCCAAGUUAGUUUCGUUUUGUGAGUGUUUGUGUCGCUGCUUCUUUUCUCCGUUUGAAGUUCCUCCCAGCAGAGAGGAGGUGAAGGAGGAGAUGCAUCUUCAUCUCACGUUGUCAGUUUAAAGUGAUGUCAGGUUCAGACUGGUUUGUGUUUUGAGGUGUUUGUUUCCUGCAGAGCUGAAGAAGGACGAUCAUCGAGCUCAUGAGAGGAGCAGAAAGCUGUUUGACUGCAACAAGCUCAGUGGCUGCAGGUUUUCGCCAACAUGGAAAGGAUCCAUCAGAACCCAGGACAUCCAGAACCAGGACCAGAACCCAGCAGUGUGUCUAUGACUAGUGAUAGAUCAAAGGGCGAAAUCAUUGACUUUAAAAAACAACACCCUGCUGGAAAGAAGAUCCAUCAGAACCCAGGACAUCCAGAACCAGGACCAAAACCCAGCAGUGUGUCUAUGACUAGUGAUAGAUCAAAGGGCGAAAUCAUUGACUUUAAAAAACAACACCCUGCUGGAAAGAAGAUCCAUCAGAGCCCAGGACAUCCAGGACCAGGACCAGAACCACAACCCAGCAGUGUGUCUAUGACUAGUGAUAGAUCAAAGGGCGAAAUCAUUGACUUUAAAAAACACCACUCUGCUGGAAAGAAAGUGGACCAGCAGAAUUCAGAGGUUCCCAGAGCUCAGUCUGUCCAGCAGCAUGACCUGGACUCCAUAUUCAUGCUGCUGGAGAACAACAUGAUGACUUUUGUUAAGAAGGAACUGAAGAAGAUGCAGAAGGUUCUGAGUCAAGAUGACACAGAAUGCUCAGAGAGUCAAAGGGAGGAUGAGGAGGAGUUGGAGGGUAAUGAUGAAGAGCAGAGGAGCAGCAGAGAGAUGUUUCAGAAGAUCACAAUGUUCUUGCUGAAGAAAAUGAAGCAGGAGAAUCUGGCUGACUGUUUGCAGAGCAAACUUGCUGCUGCAGCUUGCAGACGUGAACUUAAACGUGGCCUGAAGGAGACGUUCCAGAGAGUGUUUGAGGGCAUCGCUAAAGCAGGACAGUCGACCCUCCUGAAUGACAUCUACACGGAGCUGUACAUCACAGAGGGAGGGACUGCAGAGGUCAAUGAUGAACAUGAGGUCAGACAGAUUGAAGCAGCAUCCAGGAAAGCAGACAGAGCAGAAACUAGCAUCAGUCCAGAAGACAUCUUUAAAGGCUCACCUGGAAGAGACAGACCAAUCAGAACAGUGAUGACAAAGGGAGUGGCAGGCAUCGGGAAAACAGUGUUAACACAGAAGGUGACUCUGGACUGGGCUGAAAACAAAAGCAACCAGGACAUCUACUUCAUGUUUCCAUUGACUUUCAGAGAGCUGAAUGUGCUGAAAGGGACAAAGUUGAGCUUGGUGGAUCUUGUUCAUCACUUCUUCAGUGAAACCAAAGCAGCAGGAAUCUGCAGCUUUGAAGACUUCCAGGUUGUGUUGAUCUUUGACGGUCUGGAUGAGUGUCGCCUUCCUCUGGAUUUCCACAACAAUAAGAUCCUGACUGAUGUUACAGAGUCCACCUCAGUGGAUGUGCUGCUGACAAACCUGAUCAGAGGAAAGCUGCUUCCCUCUGCUCGCCUCUGGAUAACCACACGACCUGCAGCAGCCAAUCAGAUCCCACCUGCCUGUGUGGACAUAGUGACAGAGGUCAGAGGGUUCACUGACCCACAGAAGGAGGAGUACUUCAGGAAGAGAUCUCAAGAUCAGGAGCAGACCAGCAACAUCAUCUCCCACAUCAAGGCAUCACGAAGCCUCCACAUCAUGUGUCACAUCCCAGUGUUCUGCUGGAUCACCGCUAAAGUUCUGGAGAAGCUGCUGGGAAGCAGACAGGCAGGAGAGUUGCCCAGAACUCUGACUGAGAUGUACAGCCACUUCCUGGUGGUUCAGGCCAAAAUCAAGAAUGUCAAGUAUGAUGGAGGAACUGAAACAGAUCCACACUGGAGUCCAGACAGCAGGAGGAUGAUUGAGUCUCUGGGAAAACUUGCUUUUCAGCAGCUGGAGAAAGGAAACCUGAUCUUCUAUGAGUCUGACCUGACAGAAUGUGGCAUCAAUAUGGAAGCAGCCUCAGUGUACUCAGGAGUGUUCACACAGAUCUUUAAAGAGGAGAGUGGGCUGUACCAGGACAAGGUGUUCUGCUUCGUCCAUCUGAGCGUUCAGGAGUUUCUGGCUGCAGUCCACUGUUACACCAACAGGAACGAGAAGAUUCUGGAGGACUUCCUGGGAAAAGAAUGGAAAGACACGAACAGAGACACUCUGGAUGUGUUCCUGAAGAGAGUCAUGGAGAAAUCUCUCAGAAGUACAAAUGGUCACCUGGACCUGUUUGUUCGCUUCCUUCAUGGCCUCUGUCUGGAGUCCAACCAGAGACUCUUACAAGGUCUGCUGGGUCGGACAGAGAGCAGUCCAGAAAUGGUCCAGAGCAUCAUCAACAACCUGAAGAAGAUGAACAGUGAUGAAAUGUCUCCAGACAGAAGCAUCAACAUCUUCCACUGUCUGAUGGAGAUGAAGGAUCUCUCAGUACAUCAGGAGAUCCAAGAGUUCCUGCAGUCAGAGAACAGAUCAAAGAAGGAACUCUCUGAGAUCCACUGCUCAGCUCUGGCCUACAUGCUGCAGAUGUCAGAGGAGGUUCUGGAUGAGUUGGACCUGGACAAGUACAGAACAUCAUGGGACGGAAAACUGAGGCUGAUUCCAGCUGUAAGGAACUGCAGAAAGGCUCGACUUUCUCACUGUAAACUGUCAGAGAGUCACUGUGAAGUUGUGGCCUCAGCUCUGAAGUCCAACCCCUCCCAUCUGACAGAACUGAACCUGAGCUGGAACAAGAACCUGCAGGAUUCAGGAGUGAAGCAUCUUUCUGCUGGACUGCAGAGCCCAAACUGUAAACUGGAGACUCUCAGACUGGAGACCUGCAGUUUGUCAGAGAUCAGCUGUGAUUCUCUGCUCUCAGCUCUGAAGUCCAACCCCUCCCAUCUGGAAUAUCUGGACCUGAGUCAGAACAACUUGAAAGAUUCAGGAGUGAAACGUCUGAGUGGUUUUAUGGAGAGUAAAGACUGCAUCCUGAAGACUCUGAGAUUGGAGGGCUGCAGUUUGUCAGAGAUCAGCUGUGUUUCUCUGGUCUCAGCUCUAAAGUCCAACCCCUCCCAUUUGGAACAUCUGGACCUGAGCGACAACAACCUGCAGGAUUCAGGAGUGAAACAUCUGUGUGGUUUUCUGGGGAGUCCAGCCUGCAGCCUCAAGACGCUGAGACUGAAGGGCUGCAGGUUGUCAGAGAUCAGCUGUGAUUCUCUGGUCUCAGCUCUGAAGUUCAACCCCUCCCAUCUGGAACAUCUGGACCUGAGGUAUAACAAGCUGCAGGAUUCAUCAGUGAAACAUCUGUUAGAUCUUGUGGAGUGUCCAGACUGCAGCCUGAAGACUCUGAGAUGGAAGUACUGAUCAGGAUGGUGUUUGUGCUGAGAGGAUGAAGUGUGUCCUGAUGAUCCAGAGGUUAAAGCAGCAGUAGCCAGUGUGUAGAGACUCUGACUGGACCAAGUUACUGGGAGGUGGACGGGGAACCAGUAUGAAAUGUGUUUUUACUGUAUAGUUUAGUGUUACAGCUUCACACUGUGAAUAACGGAGAACUGCAGUUAAUGUUGACUUGAUCUAUUGGAGGUUGAUGAUGUUCAGACUCAGAUGUUCUAACGUUAAUAUUCAGAUUAACCAUGAUCAGACUUUCAGAGAUUUUUACAGAUUUUGACAAAGCAGCUGCAACUCACUUACGGACUUCUUCUAUAUACUCUAAAUGUCUUCUUACCUGCACAAGUGCAAAAAAUGUGUCCACAUUUGACCUUCAGCUGCUCAAAUGAUUCCUUAGUCUGUGUUGAACUGUCUGAUAUUCGAAUAUUUCCAAUGUGUGGAGGCUGUAAUUAUCACAAACGCUUUACUCUUCAGAAGAUGAAAGAAAGAAGUCAUUGAUGUGUUUUACUGGAAAAGAGUGAACUAUGUGCAGUUUCUCAGAGAAAUAAAUGAUAUAUGUAUUCAUGCA